UCACCUGCUCCUCUCUUGGUUUGCCUCGAGCCCACCCGUGGGACCGAAAGGAAGGAGAAGGAGGAGAGAAGAAGAAGAAGCAGAGGAAGGAGAAGAAGAAGAAGCGCGCCGUCCGGAGGGAGACGUGUCUCAGAGGAGAGCGAUAUAGUUUUUCUUCUGAUCUCUGGUCGAUGGAUUUAUCAUUGACAACGCAACAAUAUUUUAGCUAGAAAACUGAGUGAAGCAUGGGUGACUGGAGCUUUCUAGGGCGUCUGCUGGAGAAUGCUCAAGAACACUCCACUGUGAUCGGAAAGGUUUGGUUGACUGUCCUCUUCAUCUUCCGCAUCUUGGUGCUGGGCGCGGCCGCUGAAGAAGUUUGGGGCGACGAGCAGUCGGACUUCACCUGUAACACGCAGCAGCCCGGUUGCGAGAACGUCUGCUACGACGAGGCCUUCCCCAUCUCCCACAUCCGCUUCUGGGUGCUGCAGAUCAUCUUCGUGUCCACGCCCACCCUCAUCUACCUGGGCCAUGUGCUGCACAUCGUCCGCAUGGAGGAGAAGAGGAGGGAGAGGGAGGAGGAGCUCAGGAAGGCCGGGCGGCACCAGGAGGACCACGACCCGCUCUACCACAACGGAGUGGGCGACGGUAGAGGAGGCGGCGGGAAGAAGGAGAAACCUCCAAUUCGUGAUGAGCACGGGAAGAUCAGAAUCCGCGGGGCGCUGCUGAGGACCUAUAUCUUCAACAUCAUCUUCAAGACACUGUUUGAGGUGGGCUUCAUCCUGGGACAGUACUUCCUCUAUGGCUUCCGCCUGAGGCCGCUCUAUAAAUGUGGCCGCUGGCCGUGCCCAAACACUGUGGACUGCUUCAUCUCCAGGCCCACUGAAAAGACAAUCUUCAUCAUCUUCAUGCUGGUUGUUGCCUGCGUCUCCUUGCUCCUGAACCUGUUGGAGAUCUACCACCUGGGCUGGAAGAAAGUAAAGCAGGGCGUCAAAAGCGAGCUCGUACCCGACAGCGAGUCGCUGCUGCUGGAUGGACAUGAGCCCGGAGACGCCGAGACGAUACCCGAGCAGACCUCUCGGCUAGUGCUCGACUCUCUGCCAGCGUACAGCAGCAUGGUGGGGAGCGGCGCAGCUGAGGGGGGAGGAGCCUACAGUCCAGCUGAGUCCUCCUUAAACCCGAGCGUGGUCACCACCUCUAUGCCACCUGGACACAAGAUGGACGACUUCCUGUUGGAUUCCCUGUCCCCUUCUUUUGGACACAUGACGGCUAUGGAGCAGAACUGGAGCAACAUGGCGCGGGAGCUCCACAGUUUGAACGGGAACCCUCCCCCUUCCUCAACUUCCUCCUCGCCUCAGGAGACGACCCCGACGCCUCCACAGGAGCUGCAGCGCUCCACGUAUCCCACGCUUCCGCGCAACACCCCUCUCUCCCCGCUUUUCCCAGAGGAGGCGGCGGUGGACGAGGUCCCGCAUGACGACUACACCGUGGUAACCAGGGCGGAGAUGCAUCGGCCUCCUGCGGCGGGGGCGCACUCCCCGAAGCCGAGUCGGGUCGGCAAGAGCGGCGGUCGAGCUCGUCCGGAUGACCUGGCCGUGUAGCUACAACCCCCACACUCAUUCAGCAUUUACAUAAAUGCAUGCUCUAUACACAGAGGGAGCAGUUUUAUCACCUACGAGCUAUAGAAUAAAACCACACCCAGGCACUAACUCCAGCAGGAGACUGAUGUCUGCAAGGAGCAUGUGCAAAAACACCUUAACAAAGGGUUUGGUUGCACACACGUGGCACCAGGCCGAUGCCUUACCUACACAUUAGUAACAACAGAGUAUGUCCACAUGAGUUUAUUCUUAACAAUUUUACAUCAUGAUUUAAUCCCUAGAACAUAGGUCUUCAACAGGGGGUCCGUGGAGGUACUGCAGGGGGGUCGUAAAAUCUUUGGUUGAUUAGACAUUUGUUAUAUAUUUUUAUUUAAUUUUCCCCUACAAAUUUAAAAGUUUUUUUCUUAACGUCAUCAAGCCGCGACAUUAAUUGCGUCACAAAAGUCCACUAUAGAUUAAACAAAAAACUCCCCCGUUGAGAAAUAUUAGAAGACGAACUCUUUGCUUAAAACCUGGAAACGAGGUAAACCAGACCCACCUCAAACAUUAAAAACAUGGCUGACGGCUUCUAUAAAGGCCACUAAGUAGACUUGUCUAAUGCUGAAAACAAGACCUCUACCUAAUCUAACUGUAUCAUAGCAAGACCUUCGGUCAAUCCCAGGUACGAAAUGAUGGUUCUCCUUCACUUUCAGCCUUUACGCUAUCAAUCUUUUCAAGUAUCUCUCCUCCAAAAAGUUAAAUAACAAGCAUGUACACUAAUGCUACAUUAAAGCCACAAGUAAAGAAGGUUUAUAGUGAGGAUGAUGAUAAUAAUUGGACUGACUAACUGGUUUUGGAGCGUAGAGGCAGCAAUCUUCAACAGGGGGAUCUGCGACCCCUAGGGGUUUCGCGAGGUACUGCAGAGGGCUCGCAAAAUCUUUGGUUGAUUAGACAUUUUUUAUAUAUAUUUUUUUUUAAUUUUCCCCCUCAAACACCCUAC